GCCUCCAGUCUCGCGAUACUUGCUUCCUUGCCGGCGAAGAGCGUCUGGGUGCUUGGCGUUCUUCUGGCCUUGUCUCUCUUCCCUUCUCCUUUCUUCUUGGCGCAGACUCUGGAGCGCGCGGCCCGAGCAUCAUGACGUCGGCCUUAGAGAACUACAUCAACCGUACGGUUGCUGUAAUUACAUCUGAUGGCAGAAUGAUUGUGGGAACACUAAAAGGUUUUGAUCAGACUAUCAAUUUGAUUUUGGAUGAAAGUCAUGAACGAGUAUUCAGCUCUUCUCAGGGAGUAGAGCAAGUGGUAUUAGGGUUAUACAUUGUAAGAGGUGAUAAUGUUGCGGUCAUUGGAGAAAUUGAUGAAGAGACAGACUCUGCACUUGAUUUGGGAAAUAUUCGAGCUGAGCCUCUAAACUCAGUAGCACAUUGAUAAACUAUAUAUUUUGGACUUCUGUAAAUCUUCUGACUGUAUAGAUCUACUUAUUCUGAGGUUAAUGUGCAGAAUUUUUACAAAUUGUGAUAACUAUCUACAUUUUUACUCAUUUUGUGAGUGUUGCAGUUUGAUAUGUAAAUUAAAAUAUUUCUACAUUUUGCAUUUUAUUGUUAAGACUUUUUUAUAUUGUAUAAACAUCUAGUACUGACUAAUAUAUUUGGGGAAUUUUAUAAACAAAUGGUAAUUUUAACAUUUGAUAACAUACAGGAAGUCGUAAGCAGAAAUUUAUGCACCACUUACAUUAGGUGUACAUAUUAACGUUAGUAGUGAGUACUGAAAAAUUAUCCCUAAUUGUGGAAACAUUUACCUGGAUUUCCUCAAAUUAAAUUUCUUACUACUAUUGACAUUGGUUUAUUUCUGCAACUGCUAUUUUCUGAUAGUUCUUAUAGCUUCUUGUUGCAAUGAUGAAUCAAUCUGGGUUUAGUUGAAAGGGAGUGUGAUGGGAGAGAGAUUUUCACUUAUAUCAAACAUAGGGAGUUGAAAGGUAUGAGUGAGUAAGAGAGACAAGGUACAAGAAUUGGUAAGCUUGAUGUGAAUAAUUUGCCUGAAGUUUAUUUUAAAUAUGGCCUUGUUUGGUUUAAAUUAUCUUGAUGUUGAUAAAAUUCGAUCCAACUUAGCAAUUGUCAUUUUAUAAAUGUCAGUAAAUGAAAAUUUGUUUAUAUCCACUUCAAA